UGCUGUGCCGUGCUUCUGCAAGCGUCAGGACCCCUAAGACAGGCGAUUAUCUCGCAGAUUUCUGUUCUCCUUCCGGUCCUUGAGCGCACUCUCAACUUCUCCAUCGCCUCCUCUGACCUCUCCAGUGGUCUGUUUGGCCUUCUUGCCCUCAUCACUGUUCGUAGUCCUAUCCGGUUGGAUUUACCCAUCACUGAAGUGCUCAGCCCACAUGCCCCCGUCUCCAUUCCUAAUGGCCCGAACCCGCUGGGGUCAGAGGCACCAGCCACUUGGGAACUAUGCCUGACCGAUGGCGGUUUGGGUCGGAAACUGAUCAUGGAGCAGGACCUGUACGGGCGCAUCUACAUUCUGCUGGCCAAACCAAUCCUCCAUUUGACCUCAAAUUACGGUGGGAAGUCUUUGGACCCCCAGCGCGUGAUCAAAGCACUAGUCUCCUGGGUACGUGUUCCUUUCCCCCGCUCCGCCGCCCCCUUCCCCCAACCUGUCCGUCUAUAA